AUGGCCUCUCAUGUGGUAAUACUUAUUCCUGGAGGAAAAAGACAAACAGUAAAGACAACUCCUGCGAUGCCAUUGAAGCAGAUCGUCAAACUAGUGUGCGAUAAACAAGGUUAUUCAGAUGUAGACAAGUAUGGAUUAAAACAGAAUAAGACUAUAUUGGAUCUUUCUCUUUCUAUUCGAUUCUCCAAUCUUGCUCCUGGUGCAAAACUUGAAUUGAUUAGAGUAACUACGCCAAAAGUUCAUAGCGAGGUUACAAUUGCUCUGCAAAUGGAUGACGGAGGAAGGAUCAUUGGGAAGUUCCCACCGACAACAAGUUUUUGGGAUAUAUUAUUACACUUUGAAAAUACAUCCCAGGACAGAUCAUUGAACCUUACGAAACGAACGGCACAAGCACCUCAAAUCAAGAAAACACUUUGGAAAAAAAUGGGCGGCAAAUCGAAUGAUAAAUUUGUUUACCAACAACCUGUGUGCUUAUUAUUAAAUCAAGAGUAUGGGACUAUUCCAUUACUUAAAUCAACUACAUUACAAUCUGCUGGAAUUACUUCUGGCAAUGCGGCAUUACGUAUUUUAUUUCGACACACCGAAUUAAGUCUUGAUGAUGUUUUGGAGGAAAUUAAUACCCCAAUACAGUCAUCGACUUCAACGAAUCCAGAUAAGGAAAAUAAAUCAGGAACAUUGGUUCAAUCAACAAUUCCACCAAUAUCAUCCACUUCAAAAGUAGAACAAAUUGAAACAACUGAUUUGAUGAAAUCAGCUGAAGGAUUGGUUGAUCCAGCGAAAACAGUUGAAGGAACGGUUGAAUCAACGAAACCAGCUAAAGAAAUAGUUGAUCCAACGAAGCCAGUUGAAGGAAUGGAAGAUCUAACGAAGCCAGUUGAAGGAACGGUAGAUCUAGCGAAGCCAGUUGAAGGAACGGUUGAUCUAAUGGAACAAGUUGAAGAAACGAUUGAUCCAACGAAACAAGUUGAAAAAAUUAAUCCAAUGCAAUCAGUUGAAGAGACGAUUGAUCCAAUGGAGACUGAAGAAACAAUUGUUCCAAUGGAACAAAUUGAAGAAACGAUGAAACCAUCUGAAGAGACGAUUUAUCCAAUGGAAAAUAUUAACGCUACGAUUGAUUCACAGAUUGAAGAAACAGUUCCACCAAUAUUAUCCACCUCAAAAAUGGAACCAAUUGAUAUGCAAAUAGAAACUGGGACUACUAAAACAGAAAUUGAACCAUCCUCUAUUAUACUAUCCAAUUCAGAAACGAAUACGAACGGAUCUGUUAAAGGCCAGUUUUCUAGGGAUGUUAAAGUGUUUAAUCCUCCACCUGACAAUGUAACAUUAUCAACACAGAUUGAUCUUCCAGAUUCUUUCUAUGAAUUGACUCCUUCAGAAUUACAAUUUUUAUUGGCAAAUCAAAGCUCUAAACGAAAAGCCGAAGAGAAUGUUGGAUUCAAAACGCAUUCUAUAAGAGAACAAGAAGAAAAGUCAAGGGAACGUAAAUAUCCGAAGACAUUGAUUCGAGUAAGAUUCCCAGAUAGUUUUCAAAUUCAAAUGGCCUUUUUAUCCAAAGAAACAGUUGGACAAUUAUAUGAGUUUGUUAGAGAUGCUUUGCGAACUCCACAGCGCGAGUUUUAUUUAUACACGAGUCCUCCAAAAAAUGUACUUUUAGAUAUGUCUGUAUCAUUAUAUCAUGCUGAAUUGACACCUGCUUCAGUUAUAUAUUUCAGUUGGACAGAAAAAAUUUCAGAUUCAGAACAUAUUUUAUCAGAUGAAUAUCUUAAACUUAGAGAAGAUAUUCCGCAUCUUACUACCAAUUCAACUAAUGUUCCUGAAAAAUCUGAACAAUUCAAUGAUAAAGGCGCCCAUGUGCUAUCUGAACCUUCGCGUCAACAAAAUCAGGAAGAGUUGGUUCGAGGACAACGAUCACACGCUCGUGGAGAAAGUUCAUCGAGUCAAAAUUCAAAAAAAAUUCCGAAAUGGUUAACGUUUGGAAAAAAGAAAUAA